AUGUUAUUCGACGCUCUGUUACUCUUUCUUUUUCUAGCGACUAGGCCAUCUCUAGUCUUCGGGAGCGCCUCUGAUGUUCAUGCCAUUAACAAGCCUGAGUACCCUAAGUACAACACAGCGAACCUCGAUCGAAGAACCCCCGCCCGCCCGAGCCGACAGCCAAAAGACGCGAAGCAGAAAAAUAGCACAUCUUUAGACACAAGCUGGGUCAAUGCUAUCCUCUUCGCGUACACGGGUGAACAGGAUCUGGGUUCCAAGCAUAGCAACACUUCAGUUUCAGCCAGCAUCGAAAUUACUUGCGCUACCUGCUAUAUCAAAGGAACCGCUACCACAGAGUUCAUAUAUGACCGCGAAUUCAAUGUCAGCCGCGCUUUUAGCAAUUUUACCAACCAAGUCAGACGUGAGAUCGACAGCCUGGCAGACGAAACGGCCAAUUAUAUAGAGGAAUACAUCGAUUCGGUGACGGAUAAUCUGGAUGACGGACUUGACAUAGACGAUUUCGACCUACCACCAUUGGACUACAACUUGAAUGUUGACAUACCCGAGAUACCCGAGUUCCAACUUCAGUUCCAAUUCGAUGGAUUAGAAGUAUACAUGCUGAUCGACACAGUCCUUUCGGCUGGCGCCACCUACACUCUGAACUUGUACACUUCUACUACACCUGCAGGCUUUGCCGUUCGAGACAAUCUUAAAAUUGGUGUGAUCUUUGCUAUUGACCUCAUCCUAUCUGUAGAAGGAGAGAUCAACAUUAGUAGCGGAAAUGGUGGCGACUUCGAAUUCCUCCCAGUCACUCUCGAGAGUGCCGGUGUUGUGUUCAAAGCAGUUCUUCGUGUUGGGGUAAAAGCUGGCUUUGAAAUAGCAUCACCUGAAGUAUCUAUCGCCGGGAAGACAAUCGCUCAUGUCGGCGGAGGUGUCGAAGUGGGAUUAUUUGCCAACAUUGCCGAGUUGAUCACCAACGUCACUCUUUCCACGGAUGAAGACAACGACUGCAGCCUUCGCGUUGAGGAAGUCUAUCAACUGGCUGUUGGUGCUGCUGUUGGAGCUUCGGUUGCUAUUGACGAUAUGACAUGGGGGCCAGUGCCCGAAACUGAGAUUCCUGUCUUCUACACUACACUAGGACAUGCUUGUGCCAGCCAACGAAGCAGCGAUGCUUCGUUAUCCAUCACGACAUCCCCGGCACUAGAGGUCAGAGGGAACAGUGAUGACGAAGUUGAGAUGGAGACAACAACAAUCUCCACCAAAGCGACUUUCGUUGUUGUGGCGUGUCAAUCAGAGGGAUUGGUCAACUGUCCUAUGUCGCUCCAGACAACGUCGAAGUACACCACUACACGGACACACGUUACUGUUGUUCCAACCGACGGCGAGGCCGAGUUCCCUGAGUCCGUGAGCCACACUGUUACGAGCUUGAUUCCUUUUGGAAAGAGCGCAAACAAGUUGGGAGCAAUGUCAGGAGUUCCGUCUUCUUAUGUUCCACCAACGACGACACCUUCAGCCAAAGAAAAUGGCAAUGAUGAUGAUUCAAAUGGCACAUCAAAUGACAACUCUGGGGGAGUUUCCAAAAAUGUCAUUAUUGGUGUCAGCGUCGGCCUCGGAGUGCCGUUCCUUCUAGGAGGGAUCGCUGUAAUUAUGUAA